CCCGUCCUCCGCGUCCUCGCUCGCUGCCCCCACCACCACCACCCUCCACCUCCGGGGAAGAGGCCGCCGCGGGCCCGGCGCUCAGCAUGAACCGUAGCCACCGGCACGGGGCGAGCAGCGGCUACCUGGGCACCAUGGAGGUGAAGAGCAAGUUUGGAGCGGAGUUUCGCCGGUUUUCAUUGGAAAGAUCAAAACCUGGAAAGUUUGAGGAGUUUUACGGCUUACUGCAGCAUGUCCACAAGAUUCCCAAUGUUGAGGUUCUGGUGGGCUACGCAGACAUCCACGGAGACCUGCUGCCCAUAAACAACGACGACAAUUAUCACAAGGCGGUUUCCACGGCCAACCCACUGCUUAGGAUUUUUAUACAAAAGAAGGAAGAGGCCGACUACAGUGCCUUUGGUACUGACACGCUCAUCAAGAAGAAGACUGUGCUAGGCAAUGUGUUACGCCCAGACAACCAUAGGAAGAAGCCUCACAUCGUCAUCAGCAUGCCCCAAGACUUCAGGCCCGUGUCUUCCAUCAUAGACGUGGAUAUUCUGCCCGAAACCCACCGCAGAGUCCGUCUGUACAAGUAUGGCACCGAGAAGCCUCUGGGGUUCUACAUCCGGGAUGGCUCCAGUGUUAGGGUGACCCCACACGGCUUGGAGAAAGUCCCAGGGAUCUUUAUAUCCAGGCUUGUCCCAGGAGGUCUGGCUCAAAGCACAGGACUGCUAGCUGUUAAUGAUGAGGUUUUAGAAGUGAAUGGCAUCGAAGUUUCUGGAAAGAGCCUAGAUCAAGUGACAGACAUGAUGAUUGCCAACAGCCGCAACCUCAUCAUCACGGUGAGGCCAGCCAACCAGAGGAACAACGUUGUUAGGAACAGUCGGACUUCCGGCAGCUCUGGCCAGUCUACCGAUAACAGCCUAGUUAGCUACCCGCAGCAGGCGGAGCCAAGCUUUGAGCCCGAUGACCAAGACAGUGACGAAGAUGACAUCAUUAUUGAAGACAGUGGGGUACCGCAGCAGAUCCCCAAAGCUGUGCCCGAUGCCCAGAGCCUGGAGUCCUUGACACAGAUUGAACUCAGCUUUGAGUCUGGACAGAAUGGUUUUCUCUCCUCCGCUGAGGCGAGCCCUGCUCCCGCGGCCGGCCGCGCCAGCCCGGAGUCUGAAAGGCGUGCUCCAGAGCAAAAGCUCUUAGAGGAAGAUGGGACCAUCAUCACUCUAUGAACCUUGUGUGGAUGUUUCCUGAGUGAGGGUGCCAUGGGGACCUACCUGGACGUUGGGCUCAUAAUUAAAGCUAUAUACCUCUGACUCAAAGCUGGGAGCAGGCAUGAGAAAGAUCCUCACGCUGACACAUUGCUGGGAAGUACGAAGCAGCUCAGAGUGCGUGGGCGUGCGCAUAGGGCCUCUGCUACUUUUUCUCUGAAAGGUGGAUGCCAGGCCCCAUGCUGAAAGUUCUUUGGAAGUGGUUGCAUAUUAACCUGCUAUUCAGAACCUGGUUCAUUUGGCUUCUUACUAUGUUUAAAAAAAAUUUUAUGGCGGGGGUGGGGGGGAGAGAUUGGCACACCAGGGCCUCUAGCCACUGUAAUUGAACUCCAGGCACUUGCGUCACCUUGUGCGUCUGGCUUACGUGGGACCUGGAGAGGAGACCAUGGAUCCUUAGGCCUCGCAGGCAAACGCCAUAACCACUAAGCCAUCUCUCCAGUCCUGUAUUUUUAAUCUGUGAUGGGACGAAGUUGAUGCUUUUGGCAUGCUGAAUCUCAGCUCUAGCUUCCUAAGACAGUUUUAACUUUUUAAAAUGUGCCUCUGUUGUUAAUUGGGACAGAUUUUUUUGUUCAAAUGCAGUGUUUUUAGUUUAGUGUUUUUUCCUUUCUCAGUUCUAAGAACCAAACCAGUUGUCUGUGCUUCCUGUUACCCAUCUCUGGGUGGUUCACUGCUCCAGGCUUGGGUCACAUACAGCUCUCACUGGUGUCCCCACCACGUAGCUUCACAGUUUCAGGCUGCCGUAAGCCCACUGACUCCUGUGACCUGCUCUUGUCCAAUGCACUGGAAAUCAUUCCUGUGUUGCUCGUGUGAGCCGUGUGGACUGGGAAGAUGCCUGGAUUAAGAGAGGCACACACGGGACAUACUUGUGCACUUUUUACUAGAACUACUGGGUUGUCCUUUAUGAUAGUCCCGAGGAGCACAGCUGACACUUGGUGACCCGUCUGUACUGCUCUCCUCCGGCUGGGAGGGUCACUUAUGAGGCUGUUUACUACUGUCCAGUGCACCAGUGAGGGUCAGGGAAGGACAGUGCUUCCUCCGUCUCGCUGAGGCCAUAGCACCGCAGUCUGCCCCGUGACCCAGGCUCUGGGAGCUUUUGGAGAGUUAUUUAUUAACCUUAUGGUAGGGCAUGGAUGCCUUUAGUAACCAUCGUGUGCUAUGAAAACUAUGAAGAUUCCAAUGACUCCGUUGUGAAGGAUGUUCUCUGUACAUGGUAGGCUCGGAAUUGAAGUGUCAGUUGAGUGAACGCCACUAGACUCGGCCCUCUGCCCUGCUGUCCACCUUGCCGCCGAGCACAUGAUCGCGAAACCUAGCUGAGGGCGUGUCACGUGACACAGUACUCCUGUUGCAUUCUCCACAUUCUUCCUCUUACACCACUACUUGAUAAUGGCAUUCCAAGUUCCACGCUCAGGAGUCGUCAAUAUUUGACUCUUGAAAGGCAAGAUAAUGCCAGGUGUGGAAGGCCUCCUUUCCUUUCUACUAGGAGUGGCGCAGGGGCUCAACAUGUUAGUAAGUAAAAGUACUUUUACACACUACCUCUUUUUUUUUUUUUUAAACAAAGUUUUAACAUAGAACUUUUCUCUUGGGGAAAAACACUUCAGGGCUUGACUUUUGUACAAAUUUUAACUGUAAAGUACAGAUUUAUCUUAAUCUGUGAAAAUGGAGAAGAAAGCUGCUAGCUACUCUUAGCUGUCCUGUGAGGGUGUGUCAGUGUCAGUGGGUCUCCAUCUCUCUGUCUUAAAUUUCUGGGGAGAUAACUGAUGGAUGGCAUGCUGUAAAGCCAGCGGCCUGGGUUCUACAGCGGAUGCUGACUCACGGGUAUCAGAGCUGCUGCUUCAGAUGCACCUUAACGAAAGUGUCAGCGGCUCUUGUGGACAGGCCGUGGUCCUGACCGUCAAGCCCGGCUGAAGUCUCUUCUGUCUUCAGAUUGACGACGUUCUCAAGCUGUCAACAUGACAUAUGUGCUUUUGUGAACCAUGAAUUUUCUAAUUAAAUUUUACAUGCUAUAACAUGAUUUUUACAUGAAUAAUACUUUGUUUAAACUAUCAAAUGUCAGUAUUUUACUACAAUUUUAUUAUAAAAUGUACAUUAUCACUAAAUGAACUUUGAUUUUAAAAAUCAAAUUAGCUUUAGUUGUAUAUUAUUUUUUACAAAUAAAGAUAGACUUGUAUAAAGGUUA